CCGAGCCCCAGCCCCGGCGCCCCCGGCAUGUUGCAGAGCCCCCGGCGCCUGUGCUCAGCGCUGCUGCGGAGGGACGCGGCCCCGCGCCGCCGCCGCCCGCCGCCCGCCGGGCCCCGGCCCCGGCUCCUGCCGGCCGCCCGCCCGGCUGCUGCCCCGACGGUGACUUCCAUGGGCAGCAGCGCCAGCCGACUCUACAGCGCCCUUGCCAAGACCCUGCCCGGCAGUACUGGGGCCCAGUCCCCGGCCUCGGUGGUGGAGCUGGAGUCGGAGCCGCCAGAGCCCCUAGAGCCACAGGAGCUGCUGGCCGAGUGCAGGGCCGUGCUGCGGAGCCGCCCACCUCGCUGCCGGAGGGACUUUGUGGCUGCCCCAGCCAGCAGGCCCAGCAGGCAUCCACCCAUCCGCGUCAUGCAGUGGAACAUCCUGGCACAAGCCCUGGGCGAAGGCAAAGACAACUUUGUGCAGUGCCCAGUGGAAGCCCUGCGCUGGGAGGAGCGCAAGUGCCUCAUCCUGGAGGAGAUCCUGGCCUACCAGCCGCACAUCCUGUGCCUGCAGGAGGUGGAUCACUACUUCGACACCUUCCAGCCGCUGCUCGGCCGCCUGGGCUACCAGGGCACCUUCUUCCCCAAGCCCUGGUCACCCUGCCUUGACGUGGCACACAACAACGGCCCCGACGGCUGCGCGCUCUUCUUCCUGCGCUCGCGCUUCCAGCUGCUGGCCUCUGCCAACCUGCGCCUCUCGGCCAUGACCCUCAAGACCAACCAGGUGGCCAUCGCGCAGACCCUAGAGUGCCGGGAGUCGCGGCGGCGCUUCUGCGUGGCCGUCACACACCUGAAGGCGCGCUCGGGCUGGGAGCGCUUGCGCUCGGCCCAGGGCAGCGACCUGCUACAGAACCUGCAGGCCAUCACGCAGGGCGCGGGGCUGCCGCUCAUCGUGUGCGGGGACUUCAACGCUGAGCCUGGCGAGGAAGUGUACGAGCGCUUCGCCGCCUCCAGCCUGCAGCUGGACAGCGCCUACAAGCUGCUGAGCGCCGACGGCCAGUCCGAGCCUCCCUACACCACCUGGAAGAUCCGCCAGUCGGGGGAAAGCUGCCACACGCUCGACUACAUCUGGUACUCCAGGCGGGCACUGAGCGUGCGCUCGGCUCUGGGGCUGCUCACCGAGGAGCAGGUGGGACCCGGCCGCCUGCCCUCCUUCAACUACCCCUCGGACCAUCUGUCCCUGGUGUGCGACUUCAGCUUCAACGACGACGACGAGCCUGAGCCCGGUGGGCUCUUGUAGGCCGCCCCGACCCACUCCCCUUGGUCCUCCGGACCGCUUCCCCACCUGUCCGACCAAGCUGCCACCAUUCAAGGGUUAAAGCUUGACUCGCACUGGCUCUGGUCAGGCCGGGUGCCACCAAUCUCUUAGUACCCUUUGCACAUCCGAGCUGCCUCCACACGGGGUGGCCCAGUUCCAAGGCUUGUCCGAGCACCCCGCACCUCACCCUCUAUUCUCAACUCCUCUACCUCACCCCUCUUCUCCCUACGCCAAACUCCUCCACCUCAACCCUCCUCCAGAACACCUCUUCCCCAGUCCUGCCUUCCCGCAUCUUUCUCCCUGGGGUUGUGAGAGGUCGACCAGACACGCAUGGCAAUAUUUAUUUUUUUAUACCCUCCUGUAGGAAUCAAAUAUAUGAUAGCAUUAUAAACGUU